AUGUUUCCUAAAAUCGUUAUAAAAAAUUUCACUUCAAGGUAUCAUUCAUUAACAAAAUUACCAACCAUUAAUCAAUUGUUUCAUAAUGUUGCGAACAAAUCAAUCAAAGAUAAGGAUAUUAUCCCUGAAUUGAAUUGUCACAUACAGUCUAUCAAGACUUUAAAAAAUGUCACUUUUUUAGAUUUGUUUGAUGGAACAUCAUCACAUCCGUUGAAAUUAGUCAUUGAUAACAAUAUGUCGACUCAUAAAGACAUUCUAAAUGAAUUAAAGAUGGGCCAAGCGAUAUCUCUUUCAAAAUGGACAGUAGUAGAGACCCCAAAGAGAACUCAACAAUUUGAAUUAUCUCAAAACUCUGAUUCACGUAUAGAAAUCUUGGGGAAAGUCCAAGAGGACUACCCUUUACAAUCAAAACAAAAACUUACUGUUCCUUAUUUACGUUCGAUUCCAUUGUUGAAAUAUAAGUCAAAUUAUUUUGCUUCUUUGAUAAGAUUUAGAUCUUUACUUCAGUCUCAAUUGAUCGAAAUAUUGACAAGCCAAGAUUUUAUAAUGUGCAACCCUCCUAUUUUAACCUCGAAUGAUACAGAGGGAAACAACGAAACCUUUAAAACAAUACCUAAAAACUUAAACCUUACUGUCUCAACUCAACUACAUUUGGAAAUAUUGGCUCAAAGUUUAAAGAACGUCUUUACUAUCAGCCCAUGUUUUAGAGCAGAAAUGAGUGAUACAGGAAGACAUCUAGCAGAAUUUUGGAUGCUUGAAUUAGAGUCAACAAACCUUUACAAAUUGGAAGAUUUAUUAGAUUGUGUUAAGUACCUUAUAAUUAACACAGCAGAAUCAUUGCUAUCUUACAAGAAUAUCGAUAGCAUAUUACCAAAUGAUAAUCUGCUUCCAUCAAAUACACUAAAUAAGGAUCAAAUAAAGGAAAGAUGGUCCCAUGUAGCAAAUCCUGAUAAUUGGAAACACAUUACUUAUACGGAAGCAGUAGAUAUAUUAAAAGAGCAUUAUCAAAAUCCACCAACUUGGGGUGAAUCGUUAUCAUCGGAACAAGAAAAAUUCCUUGCAGAAUCUUACUUUAAUAAAGAUAAAGGUGCAUUUGUCUUAAUUUCUCAAUAUCCAACAUCUAUUAAACCUUUUUAUAUGAAACAAUGCCCCGCCAAUGAUAAAGUUGUAGAUUGUUUUGAUAUGAUCUUUCCUGGUGGUAUGGGUGAAGUUGCGGGUGGUUCAAUCCGUGAAGUUAAUAUUGAUACUUUACAAAAGGCAAUUGGCCCGGACAAAACAACAGAUCUGGACUGGUACGUCGAUUUAAGAAGAUUAGGCUCCCUGCCAAGAGGUGGGUUUGGUAUUGGAAUGGAACGUCUCAUUGCUUACUUAUUUGGUUUGCAGAACGUCAAAGAUGCCAUUCCGUUCUUCCGAGUGAUGAAGGACAAGAUUUCGUUUUAG